CAUCAUUACACAGAAAUGUAAAUCUGAGACCAGGUCUAUCUGUGGUCAGUUGUAAUCCAGCUGCUCUCCUGCAAGCCACCAAGGACGUUGGUCAACGCUUGAAAAAAAGCGGAGCCGAGCAACUGAGCCUCUCAGCAUCUCCUACUCCAGCCACCAAGAUGGAAGAAAAUGCCAACACCAGCUUUGAAGAAGAUUUUGAAGGACAGGCGACACACACAGGGCCCAAAGGCGUGAUCAAUGACUGGAGGAAGUUUAAAUUAGAAAGUGAAGACAGAGACUCCUUAUCCUUGAGCAAGAAAGAAAUUCUUAGACAAAUGUCUUCACCACACAGAUCUUUCAGUAAAGAUGAUAAACAGACCAGAGAGAGAUUCUGCCGUAAGAUGAGCAUGCAGGAGUAUGAGUUAAUUCACGAUGAGCAAGAAGAUGAAAGUUGCCUACAAAAAUACCGCAAACGCUGCAUGCAGGAUAUGCACCAGAGGCUGAGUUUUGGGCCAAAAUAUGGUUACGUGUGUGAGCUGCAGAAUGGGGAACAGUUCCUGGAAGCCAUUGAGAAAGAGCAUAAAAACACCACUGUCAUUGUCCACAUUUAUGAAGAUGGCACCAAGGGCUGCGAUGCUCUCAACAACAGCUUGACCUGCCUGGCAGCUGAGUAUGCCACCGUGAAGUUCUGCAAGAUCAAGGCCUCCGACACGGGGGCCGGAGAUCGCUUCUCAAGCGACGUGCUUCCCACUCUACUGGUCUAUAAGGGUGGGGAGCUUCUGAGCAAUUUCAUCAGCAUUUCUGAACAAUUCAAUGAGGAGUUUUUUGCUGUGGAUGUGGAGUCUUUCCUAAAUGAGUAUGGGCUGCUACCUGAAAGGGAGCUUCCAGCACUGGGAAAUGGCAACACAGAUGAGCAAGAUGUUGAAUAAUUAGUCCCCACUCUCUCCCUUUCCUUUUCAGUAUGUUAUAAAUCAAUCUCAGUAACACCCAUCUCAUUUAGAGAAGACUGUCUGUGCUAACUUAUUUGUAAGAUACACACAUACAAAAAUUGUUUAACUGUUAGCAUGUGAAUUUUACUUAUAACACAUACGACUGGCAGUCCUGUACAUAAUUAUUCCUGUGCCAGCCACAAGUAAUAGGAAGAAGUGGAGAUGAUACUUGUGAUCUCUAGGAAAUUAAGGGGAAAAAAAUAAUUAAAAACUGAGGCCCAAUGCCUGCCUCCAUGAAGCACAAGAAUAAUUUCAUUUCAACAGUAACAGAACUGAACCAUCCCUCUACACACACAAAAAGCUGUCUCUUGGGCUCUGGAUUUAUUGUGUCCUGACUCCUCAGAUUCACUGUUACCAAUUUCAGUAGGAAUGAGAUCUCACACAGCAGUUUUAAGGACAAACAAAUAGCCCAAAGCCCUUGCAUCCCUAAAUGGCUUAGGUAUCUAGCACAUUAUAUUACGCUUCUGCAUUUAUCUGGCAACAUUCGUGAGACUACAGAAGUUAGACCAGGACUUCUCUAAGUUUGCCAUUCAAACAGCUAACAUCAUCAGCUAAUUUCAGUUCAUUGUUGCUCCAUAUUUUGAACAUAACAUUUAAAAUAUCUGCAAGUUACUGAAAAAGUAUACUGUAGUUCUGUAUAACUGAAUAAAGCUUAACAGCUCUCAAAA